AAGAUUGCUGUAUAAACCAUUUAUUUGUACAAAUGUGCAUAAAUUGUCGUGCAACAUGUCAUAGAUUUUUAUUGCGAAAUGUAUGUUUUCUCUUUAUAUAUGAAAAUUAAUCACAGAAAGUUAAAUGGGAGAUAAAUUCGUUACCUCUCAUUAGUAAGGAUUGAAUUUCUGCGUCAGGCUUUUUUAUCAUUCUGUCAUCGAGCAUGUAAUUUCCAGUCCGGUUAAAAGAGACUGUUGUCUCUCAGCAAUUUCAACUACUCAUUGUAUUCUUCUGAUUUGUUAUGAACGGUUUUAUUGCAGCUUUCUUUUGAAACGAAGAAUUAUUCAAACUUGAAUUAUUCAAUCACAUCUAUUUCUUUCUGCAGCUUGUUCAGCAAAGUUUGAUCAUUGUUCGAAGCUUUUCUGCACGCAAUAUCUCUACGAGAUUGCAUGCAAGAAAAGUGAAAAAUUAAAUCAUAUGGGAUUAUUGUAUGCACAUUAUCUAACAUAAGUACAGGAAGUUCUAUUUCUCAAAUUACAUCGUUUUAAGUAUUUAAAUUGUGAUACUGUUCAAAUCUAAAGAUAUAAAAAUGUAAAGUAUAAGUGUCGAAAACAAUUUAAUAUCAUCAUUUUAUGUUUAACCUAAAAUAUGUCACAAAAAUGAAGAUAUUUUAUUAUCUAGCUUAAUUUUUGUUUCAAUUCAGUUACCAAUUUAUCUAAAAUUUUGCUAUUAAUAUUUUGAUUACAGUAGGAUUCCUUCUACAAACAGAAUUAAUGUUAGAGUAAUGUAUAGUGAGUAAAUAAGCAUAAAUAAUUUGGAAAUUAUAUCCGAGAGAAUAACAUUAUUAAUUUGUAAAUGCUACAGAUAAUCAAAAUGUAGUAGAAAUUAUAAUAGUUUGUGUGUAGGCAUUUAAAUAACUAAAAAAUAUUAAAAGAUAUGUACGAAAUUGUAUAACCGUGUUGAAAUAAUUCGUAAGUAUAUACAGAUUAAGACAUAAAAAAACAUGUAUAUAUAUAUUGCGCGGUUCAUAAGACAAUAGAUAUCGAGAAAUUUAAAAACUACAUAAUAUAUGAAAAAUUCUGCAAAGAUAUUGGUGAUUAGCAAUUAGAUAUCAUGUUGUUGUAUAACCUUUCUUGUAAUAAUAUACGAGUACACUGCAGAAUUAAGCAUAUUACAUUAUUUAUGAUUUUUUCGAGCAUAUCCAUUUUAGUUAUCCAUUUACCGACAGUGAUUGAUAUGCAUGAGCGUAUCCAGACUUUUAUCUAGGAGGGGAAGGAGGGGCAGAACAGAAUUCACCCGUAGGCGAAUUAUGCAGCAUAAAUUAAACUACGUACUUAUGAAAACAUAUUUUUAUUUAUACAAAAAUUAAUUUUCUGGGGUCCUCGGGAAAUCUAUUAAUUAUAUUAUUUGUAAAGGAAUCGCCCAUGCUUUCAACCAAUCAUAAUUAUUACAUUAUAGGUAUAAACCUUAGCGAUAUAUCGGGGAUCCCAUUGAGUCUAGGAGGGGGGCAGCUGCCCCCCUGCCUCCACCUGGAUACGUCCUUGAUAUGCGUAAUGAUAUAAUAAUAUCUACAAAAUGUAGCUGUAUUAUCGGGCGAGUUGUGUGAGCAGACGGCAUGAGGCACUCCUUAUUUGGUCAUCAGUGAUAGUAUAACGAGUAAAAUGUAUUCGCGUUGUAACGAAGCAGUAGGAGUGAACUGUUUCCUCUUGGAUUAAAAUUCAAUAAUAGACGAAAAUACAAGCGACAUAUUUAUGAGACAUACAAUCACCUUAUAUAUAUAUAUACACACAACAUCCUUUCUAAACGCUUUUGCAACGUUUCUUUAAGACAUUUGUAUUAUAUAAGAAAAUAAUUGUGUCCGUUUCAGUGAUGCGUUCUAUGAUAAUACUGUUAUUCCUCACUGCUGCUACAGCAGUCCAAAUGUUGAUAAAAAAUGGCGUUAUCAAUAUAGACAUGAAACAUAAUUAUAAUUCCAUAGUUCUCAAUCUUACGAAAAACGACGGAACGAGUAUGAUUAAUGUCCUUUUCUCAAGGAGUCUAACAGCAAGUCCAGCUAUAUCCGACUUCAACUAUGAUGCCGAGAAAAACAUCGUCAUUGUCACUCGUACGCUUACCGAUCCCGAUGGUGAAAUUCUCGAUUGUUUUCAGCUUACUGACGACACGCAAUGGUUCGGUGGACCCCAGCAUCACCAUCAGCGCUGGCCCGUGCAGCAUAUGUACUACGUGGAGGAGCCGUAUCUACCGACGCAUCCUGAAAGCAUGGCAAUAGCCGAGCGUUAUUGGUUGUCCAGUAAAGGAAUGUACAUCUAUGUGGACGAGGAAAGUCCGCUAUUCCUAGAUCAAAACAAUUAUCGGGAUAAGCACCUGUGCCUGAUCGCCAAGAACCAGGCGCCUUAUCAUCACCGCAAUAGCAUUCAGCUUAACUACACAUUAGGUGUCUUCCCGGAUUCGAAAACUGCUCAUCAGCACGCGGUGAAAAACUAUCUGGGUAAGCCACAAGGUUACCCAAAUUUACUGAUGAUCCAGCAUCCCAUAUGGUCCACCUGGGCUCGAUACAAGAUCAAUGUCAACGAGACAGUCGUGGAGACUUACGCGGACGAGAUCAUCGCCCAUAAAUUUAACAACAGUCGGAUUGAGAUUGACGAUAACUGGGAGACUUGUUACGGAUCCGCCAAGUUCGAUCCCGUCAAGUUCCCCGAUGUUAGCGCUUUCGUGCAACGACUGCACAUAAAAGGUUUCCGUGUCACUCUGUGGAUACAUCCGUUCAUCAACCGAGGCUGCGACCCAGCGUAUUCUGAGGCGCUGAGCAAGUCUUACUUUGUCAAAAACCACGAGGGACAAGUUGAGACGUUGUGGUGGCAAAGUUCGGAGGCAGCUACGAUUGAUUUUACAAAUCCGUAUGCGGUAACAUGGUGGCUGACGCGAUUGAAGCGUCUUCAGGACCUCGGCAUCGACAGCUUCAAGUUCGUUGCCGGUGAGGUGUCUUGGUUACCACAGAUACCGCUAUUGUAUAGCUCGUUAAAGUUGCAGCCAAGUAUAUUCACGCAGGAAUACACUCGCAUACUCGCCACCAACUUUGGCGACAGCACCGAAGUGCGAGUGGGUUGGCGCAGCCAGGGUUUACCGAUAUUCGUUGGUAUGUCCGACAAGGACACCAAGUGGACGUGGGACAACGGUCUGCCCACGCUGAUCACAACGCUGUUGCAGAUGAAUCUCAACGGAUAUGUCUACGUGCUGCCGGACAUGAUCGGUGGCAAUGGCUAUCUGGAAGAUUUGCUCAACGGAACGGAAAGUCCAUCCAGAGAGUUAUUCAUUAGAUGGCUGCAGGCUAGUGUUUUUAUGCCAGCGUUGCAAUACUCUUUCGUGCCAUGGGACUAUAAUGAUGAAACCAUUGACAUCUGCAGAAAGUAUACUGAGUUGCACGCCAAUUACACGGAUGAAAUUCUAAACGCCAUGCAGCAUGCUAUCGAAAAUGGCACUCCCGUAAAUCCGCCUAUUUGGUGGGUUGAUCCGACCAACAGUGAAGCUCACAAAAUCAAUGACGAGUAUCUCCUUGGAGAGUCUAUACUUGUUGCUCCGGUGAUCGAAGAAGGUGCCACUAGUCGCAAUAUCUAUCUACCGGCAGGAAGAUGGUACAAUGUGAAAAACGAGACGACUUAUGAAGGACCGAUGUGGCUAAUAGACUAUCCUGCUCCCCUGGAUGUACUUCCAUAUUUUAAGAAAGUAGAAGAAGCACGAAAGGAUUAUUAAGUAUUGACCGAACGUGAUUGAUAUUCUUCCUGCUGAUGUAAAAAUCAUUAUCAGCAGAAUGCACCUCUCUUCUGAAUAUAUAUAUAAGCAGACUAAAUAAACGGCGCCGCUUAUUUAGUCGUCAGAGAUG